GGCGCUCGCGCUACGCACCCGCGCCGAGUGCGGAACUGCCCCGCCUGCCUCGCGCCGCUCUCUUAAAUAGCGGGAGAAGAAAGUGGCUCGUGCACAAAGGCGUCUUUUCCGCGAGACACAGAGCCGCGCGGCUAUAAGAGGCACCGGAGUUAUUAAAGUGACGCUUUUCUGUCGACAAUGAAAGGACACGUUGUUCUGGCGACUCUGGCGCUCGUCAGUUUCCACUGGGCGAAUGGUGCACUGAUCCUGAAAGGUCCACAGGGACCCGUACUGGAAGGAGACCUCGUGACACUGGAGUGUUUGUCAGACGUGGAGUUAAACAUGAGCCAAGUCCACAUCGAGAAGUUUUCCAAGCGCAUGCAGAAGUGGUACCGUCUGGAGAUGAAUGAGAUGUGGCUGUAUCGCCGCUGCUUUUCCUACGACGUAGACCUGACCAGAGAGCAGGAUCGCCUGGUUCUGACCAUUUUUAGCAUCCAGAGCUGGACAGACGGGCCCUACCGCUGUGUGUCGGACAACUCUUCUGAUCUCUACAACUCCUCCCUGCCGCUUUCCAUACCCGUGCACUACAUGCGUGACCUCUCAGUUUACAGAGAGGGCGUGGGUUCCUACAGCCGGUACUUCAGCUCUCUUCAGGACUUGCGUGUGCCACUAGGGGACGAUGUGGAGGUGGAAUGUUCCACCUCCGCCUCUGAGACACCGCAGUACUCUUGGAGUAAAGAGGGAGAGGACUGGGUUGAGUUGUCCAAUAAGCUGAAGCUCAAGAAGGUGAGGCUGGAAGACAGUGGCAAGUACACCUGCACUGCCCAACACCCCUCUGUGCCUGUGCUCACCAAGACCCGCACCAUCAAUCUCACUGUAUUGCCAGCGGAUGCCCCAUGGUAUGACUCCACCCAGGGUCGUAUCGUACUGAUGACCUCAGCUGCAGGCGCAGGGCUACUGCUGCUGAUCAUGUCGGUGUCCAUAUGUUUAUGCCGUCGAUCCUCAGAGAGAAAGAGCAAGGGACCCAUUGACGACCGCUCAUCGAAGAAACCCAUCUACACCGCCAGCACAGAGUCCCUGCCAUCCACUGUUGGCGACACACAGCCUCUGGUGUGAGGCAGAAAACAAAAGAAUGAAGGGAUGAAGACAGGGGUAGAGGGAAGAACAAAGAGGGAUUGGAGAGUGCUAAGGAGAAUUUAUUGAAUGCAGGAUAAAUCAAAGAAAGAAAAGAUUACAUAUGAGAAAAAAUCUAUUUUUGCUGUGCCAUUGUAAUCUGUUGACCACAAUCGUCUUUUAACAGACUGUAUGCACUUUUCUCUGUACUGAUUUUGCAACCCAAAAAUUACUUCUAUUCCAAAGCUUCAGAGUUGGAAUUUACUGUAGAACUAGUCACCACCUCCCCUGCAGUACUUGCAAUGCAGGGUUAUGCAACAAUUUUAUGUUUCUUUUGCAGACAUGUAAUCCUUAUGGCUAUGGGAUAAAUUAUUCUUGGGAUUUGAUUGUGUAUAAGAUUUACAUUUAGGACGUUUUAUAGUGUAAUCUGGCAGUAUAGUACUUAAAACCUGUGCACUAAAUAUUGACUUGUAAACUUUUGGGUAAUUACUUCUUCUAUACUAACAACAGUUUAUGCACUUUGAAAUUUUGCACUGAAAAGCUGUUUUCUGUACCUUGUAUCUUUGAUAUUAUAGUCAGUUUGAAAUAAAUUGUGUGACUAA